AUGGGGUGCGCGCAGGGCAAGUGCUGCCUGCCGCGGCACCCGAGGAGGGGCUCCUCCUCCGCCGUCGGCGGCGGCGCCACGCUCGGCCGCGCCGCGGUGCCCGGGGCCGGGCUGGUGCUGGAGUACGCCGCGCUGGCCGUGGCGGGGCUGUACCCGGACUCCCCGGCCCGGGAGUCCCAGGACGCGCACCUCGUCGCCACGCGCUUCGCGGGGGACCCGGACCUCCACCUCUUCGCUGUCUUCGACGGCCACGGCGCCGCCGGCGCCGCCUGCGCCGGGUUCGCGCGGGACGCGCUCCCGCGCCUCCUCCUCGCGUCGCCCUCCCUCGCCGCCGCCGGCGCCGCCGACCCCGCCGCCGCGUUCCGCGAGGCCAUGCUGGGCGCCAACGCCGAGAUGCACGCCGCGCCCGGGGUCGACGACUCCACGAGCGGCACCACCGCCGUGGCCGCCCUCGUCGCCGGCGGCGCGCUCCACGUCGCCAACGUCGGCGACUCGCGCGCCGUAGCCGGGGUGGAGGGCAUGCGCGACCCGGAGGCCGAGGGCUGGGCGCCCGACGAGGGGGGCUCCACCCCGCGUCUGGGCGCGCGACGCCUCUACCCGGCACCGCCGCCUUCACCCGCAGCCUGCGGGGACCUCGCCGCCUGGCCGUCGCGGGGCGUCGCCGAGCCGGAGGUCAAGAGCGUCGAGAUCACUCCAUCGCACCUUUUCUUCGUUGUCGCCAGCGAUGGCGUCUUCGAGUUCCUCUCCAGCCAGGAAGUUGUUGACAGGGUUGCUACAUAUCAAGAUCCAAGAGAUGCCUGUUCAGCAAUUGCUGCAGAGUCAUACAAACUAUGGCUGGAGCAUGAAAACAGGACAGAUGAUAUAACAAUAAUCAUUGUGCAUAUCCGAGACAUGGAAAAUUCAGGUCCUGCAGGGAGUGACAAAGCGGACUAUGGUAGUGUCGGAGAAUCAAUAGCUGUGCACACAAUACAGUCAGAGAUACCUGUAUUUGUACAAUCAGAAGCAAGUCACAUGAACAGAUCUGCUGCUACCGGAAUGCAAUCACCGUCUUCUGGCUCUCCAACAGAACAAAGCCUCUCAUGUGUUGCUCCUUCUCCUACGCACCCUUUGCUGAUACAUGGUAGAAUAUCAGAUGCUUCCAAGCCUGUGCAAAUAUGUAAGUUGAAUUUUGACAAAAAGAGGCCUCGCAAUAACCCACCACCGUCCUCCGGAGCUACUAACCGUACCAUGCAUGUGAUGUUUGCCAGCAGCAAAUCUCGUGUUGUUGCUCGUGUUUUGGUAGAGCACCUGCUGCUGCCGACGAUGCAAGGUUUCUGA